GCGCUGCGGCGGCCGGGGGGAGUCGAGGGGACCGGGACCGGGACCGGGCCGGGGCCGGGGCCGGGUGAGGCAAAGCAAAGCAAAGCAAAGUCGCGGCUCCGACGUCUAGGCGGGAAAGCUUUAAACAAUGAGUCAGGCUGAUGAAGGAAGUGCCACUGACACGGAACUGGCAACUGAGAAUGAGUCACCCACCUCUGUGCUGAGUCCAGCAGCUUCUAGCCAGGAGGAGGGACCCACUGACCUAACAGCAAGUCCUGCCUUUCAGUGUUUAGAUGAGCUAUUUUCUGCUGGAAAAAUCACAGACACCAGAGUAGCUGAGCUGAAGGAACAGUACACCAUGCUGUAUGAGGCUGUGAUAAGUUUACAGGAAUCUGAGACCCAGCUGUUGCAGGAAGCCGAACGCCUGAGUGCAGAACUGGAACAACAGUGUGAACUGGAAAAAGCAGAACAGCUCCCUGAAGAAGCUUCCAGUGAAGCUUCCCAAAUAAAGCAACAACUUUUUAGCUGCCGAAGUGAAUACAAUGCUAUUAAAGGAAGAGUGUAUGAAAAUCGAUUGAAGAUAGAAUGUUUGCGAGAAGAAAAAAAGCUUCUGGAAAAUGAAUAUGAAAAAAUGUCAAAAGAAAAGAAAAAUAAUAAAAUUGAACAGUUGAAAGAAAAUUGCGAUCAGCUCAGCAAAGAAGUAAUCCAGAAGAAAGCAGAAGUUGAUUCAAUAAAAGAAGCUGUUUCAUCCAAAGAAAAGCUGAUAUUAACAGAUGAGGAAGAAAUGGAAAAGCUUCAGGAGAUGCAGACUUAUUUAAAAGCUGAGCUAGUUAGGCUCCUUGGUGUUCCAAAGCAACUUGCAAAAGAAACUGAGAAGUUGAUUCAGAAAAAAAUUGAUGCAGAGAAGAAGAAUGAAGCCCUUAAUGACCAAAUAGAAGAAUUGAAUAGCACCCUGAAAGCCACUGAAAAAAGGACUGAAGAGAUUUUGCAAGAGAAAGAAGAUGUAAUGAAGGAAAUGGAUGAGAGACAAACUUUGAUACAAAAGAAUGAACGAGAAUGCAUUAAUUUGACAAAAGUAAUAGAAAUUAACGCAGAGAAGGAAUUAGCCAUCCUAGCAGACAGACAAAUUCUGGAAAAUAAUUUAAAUAAAUGUAUCUUGGAGAACAAAAAUCAACGAGAUAUUCUCAGUCACCAUCAAACACAGAAAGAUAAAGAACUGAAAAGUUUAAAAAUUAUAGAGUUACAACUGAAAGGGAUUUGGGAUUCCUUGGAAGGAGAUAAGGCAAAGCAUAAAAGACUGAAAUCAGAGGCAGAAAUUAAUUCAAAAAACAAUGCAGUAUUAUUAGAAAGACGACAAGAACUGCAGGAGGAGAUCGAAACAGUCAAGAGAGAUUUAGCUGAACAGGAAAUGAUAUCAGAUAUGGAUGCCCGCAUGUUAGAAGAAUGCAUUGCUGCAGAACGCUUGCUUUUCAAAGAGCAGGAAAAGUGCAGAAAUGAAUUAUCCACACUUACACACCUGACCGGGCUCAGAGCCGAUGAGAGGCAACUGAAAUGCAGGGAUGUUCAGAAAACUAAGAUUGAACUCCAAAGUCUUGUUAAGGAACUAAAAAUAAAGGAUCGUGAACUAACCACCUGUAAAAAGAUGAAAAAAGAAAAACAAAAAGAACUCCAAGGAUUUACUAGGAUGUGUGAUCUUAUGCUAAUUGAAAAGGAUAAAAGUAUAGAUUUGAUGCGUAUUGCUCAGUGGAAAGCAAGGGAAGCUGAAAACCGGGUAAAAUUGCUAGAAAAUAAUAUACAAAAUUUAAGAGAUGCUGUUAUAACCAGAGAAAGAAAAUUGCAGGAUGAGUAUCUGAAGAUUAAAAAGAAUGAGAGAAUAAAAGAGUUGAUCAAAAAGGAUUAUUCCAAAAUUGAACAAGAGAUGAUAGAGAAUAAAGAAAAGGAAAAGUAUUUGAAUAUUGACAGACUUACCGCUGCAGCCACACACAUUGAAGAGGAAAUUUUGCAGCUACGCAAAAAUUAUGAAAGGGCUAUUGAACAACGAAAUGAGAGUGGUCUUUUGCUCAAAGAACGAGAAGAAGAACUAGGCUUUUUGUAUGAAAAAAUAAACAGGCAAGAGGUCUUGUGUAGGAAUGGAGAUACUAAGAUGCAAGUUAUGGAUGAAAAGAUCAGUUUUCUGAAGCUGAAGUUAGUUGAGAAAAAAAGAGAGGUUAAAUUGUGUUUUAAAGAGCUCACAGUGAAGAAUGACCUGGAUGCACAUCUGGUGAGACUUCGGAUACAGUCUUUAUUUGCCUGGUACCUGUGGCUGACAGUGAAAGGAUCCAUUCAGGCAUCUUGCAGGUUACCUUCCUGCCUAAUCCAGUAUUCCCAGUGCAGGGACAAGAUUAAAAAGCUGGAGGAAAACUAUGGUGAUGCCACAAAUGAGAGCAGAAAGCAAGAAAUGGGAGGGAAGGACCCAUCUCCACCUGAGCUGCUAAAAAGGAUUGAAAAGAUAGAGGCAGAGCUGGUGCAGAAGGAGCAGAGACUGCUGAAGAUAGAUUUUCUCUGUGAGAACAUUUCUGAUAUGAUAGACAGAAUCCGUGCUGUGGUGGAGAACAGCAAGCAGGACAUGCUGGUGUUCGCUAGGAGGACCAACGAACUGCAGAGAAAGAUAAAUCACAAAACCCAGGAGAUAAAGGCUCUUUUUGCAGAGUUAUCCAUGAAGCAAGCACUUGCCAUUAAACUCCAUCAGGAAAUCAGAGACAAAGAACAAUUUCUGAUGACUUCUUCCAUGAUGAUAAGUCAAGGCCUUCCCCCUCCUAAAGCAGAAAAGGAACGGUGGAAGACCCUAUGCAAUGAGAAGAUACAAAAAGCAGCAGCUGAAGCCAGAGCUAAACAGCCUGCAGAGGAGAAACAAGGUGCAGUGCCCAGCCAGGUCCCCACUAUCCCCGAGGAGGAGGAUGAGGAUGAGGAUGAUGAUGAGGAGGAGGAGGGGCUCCCACUGGUGCCGGCCCACAUGACUGCCUUCAGACCGAGUGAGCCCCGCCCGAGUCCAAGACAUUUCAAAAAGCCUCCUGCAAAGCCAUUUGGAAUCUGAACGGACAGCACUGAAAACAGGAGAGACCAUUACC